AUGGCCGAUGCCAAGAAGCUCGAGGAAGCCCACGCGACGCUGUGGGAGAAUGGCAUUCAGGUGCGCCGGGAAGUGGCAGGCAACGAAUAUGUCGACCGCUCACUCGCCAAGGGAGCUUCAGACUUUGGCAAACCUAUGCAAGAACUUGUGACUGAAGUGGGCUGGGGCAUGGUCUGGUCUCGCUCGGGUUUGGAGCGGAAGACAAGGAGCUUGCUGAACAUCGCCAUGCUCUGCGCCCUGAACCGCCCAACAGAGUUGGCAGUGCACGUUCGGGGUGCUGUCAACAAUGGUGCGACCGAGGUCGAGAUCAGAGAGACUAUUCUCCAAGCCUCGAUCUACGCAGGCUUCCCGGCUGGUCUGGAGGGAACGCGGGUUGCCGAAGGCGUGUUGAAGUCCAUCAAGGAGGCAGAGGGCAGCCAGCACCAGGAGUAG